AUGACUAUGGCGCAGGAACCCAGUCCGCAAGCCACCUGCACAUCGGACGACUGCUUCGAUACACCCUCUCCGUGUAGACGAGUCAAUUCUAAUGAGAACUUUCCGUGGUCCGAAGAAGACACGUACUAUACCAAACUUUUCAGAGCUUGGGACAAUCUUCCCAUCCACGAUGCGUCUACGGAAACCGGACUGCUGAUGGAGCUAGACCACAUCAUCUCGCUUUUUGACAACUACAUUGGACACAACGAUCUUGGAUUUCGUGCCUGGGUCAGACGCCACCAGCUCGCCAUGGAAAUUGGGCUGGUCGAGACGCCGACCUGGCCAAAGCUAUACAUCCUGAAAGGCGGGAAGAUGAAAUGGCAAGACAAGGUAUGGGUCAGUCGCUACAGCUUCUUGGUGCAGCAGCGCGACAUUAUCGCCAAGAGCAGACUGCAGCACAUGAAAGGCUGCAAGUUGGAGGACAAGAAGCGGUUCUUUGGGCUCUCAUGGGCCUAUCCGCGACAGACUGUCAGGACUAUACAGUCCAAGGCCCCGGCGCGGCUGCGAAACCGCUGGCACGAGCCGCUCGAUUAUUGCCUCGCAAGAAUGGCGUACGAAUCAUACGGAAGACUGGACCUUUAUUCACUGCACGCCGAGUUUUGGGGAACCGACGCGUCUGUUAACGCGCCUGCGGAGAUGAACGACUGCAAGAUUAAAUGUGAAGCAAUGGAAGAGCUGGAGACGAAGCACAUCGAAUGCAUUGGAAGCGGAGUGUGA